UUUGAAGUUGUCUAGGUUAGAUGGUUGUGUUAACUCCCUAAUUCGCCACGGCCUAUCACUCGCUAUUCAUUCUAGCGUGAGAUUGUCGCUAUGUGCAGCCCUCCCGCAAAUAUUUACUGCCGACUUAUUUCAUUCAUACAACAGAGAAAAUAUUGCUCAAGACUUUGAACCCCUUCUGCGUAGUUUAGUUGACUGCUUCAUUUCAUCUCUAGGCAAUAAGUCCGCUUACAAGUAUGCAUUUGUUUCUCUGCUCAAAAUGUUCGGUGAAGAUUUCUGCGCUUUUCUCCAUGAUACUUGGCAGUGUAAAGCUGCUGACGGAGUUUUGUCUAGUGCUCACCUUAAGUUGUUUCACCGGUGGUCAAAUGGAAUUCUUCUGACAAAUAAAGAGAAUAACGUCCGUCAAAAUUCUAUACACCACUCGAUUCAUCCAUUUGAAAACGGUGAAAAUCUAUUCAAAAUUUCAAACUUGAAGUCUUCCGCACCCAUUAACAUGACUAGUUCGGAUUGUAUUCCAACUGGUGCUCAUGUCAUUCGUUAUGAAGAUGUGUGUCAACUUUUAUCAAAGUCCACAUUUAUCCAAUUAGCGGGUCACUUUGAGAAGAUAAGUAACAAGCCAGAAAAAGACGUUCAUGUUAUUCAUCAGGCUGCAGAGGAAAUUCUGAAAAAUGUAGUUUCCAGAAUUAAUACUUCGUCAGUGAGAGGAACCAUAUUUAAGUACUUCUUCUUAGAGAAGUCAUCUACAAGGGAAUUGUCACAAAAUCGUCCUCUUAUAUGCCUCAUGGAAUUGUUGAAAAAGUUUAUUCGCACUUCUGAUCUUAACGUAAUUCUCCGCUCAUUAGAAAUAGCAACAUUACUCACGCAAUCACUUCAGUGUGCAGGUAGUGAAAGUGACAAUGAAUUAAUGAACAGAGAUUUUACGUUAAGCUUCUCUGACUCCGAGUGGUUUACACUUCAGCUUCUCAAUAUAAUUUGUUUUGCUUUGAGUGAUAGUAAUUUGGUAGUUCGGGUUGCUGGGACUAAGCUUUCACUUGCAGCGGGAAGUUUACCUUUUAGUGCUAUGAUAAUUGUUCGCGAACUUGCUGGUGGAGUGCUUACUUACCAUAAUGAAUAUAAUACUGAAGAACCAAAACAUGAAGUCGAGUUUUCAAAUUAUGAAUUCCCUGUCAGCAAAGUUGACCUGUUGCACAAAGAAGCAGUCGACCUUAUUACUACGUUACUUCUAACUUUCCCAAGUUCUGAGUUCGACCUGGCUGAGGUGUGUAAAUUGGUCAUACUUCCAGGAUUAACUGACUUAAAACUACAGGUACGGAUUGCAACGUUAGAUUGUAUAGCAGUUGUAGCUCAUCUCCUUGGUGCCGGUAAUUUGGAUUGCCUAUUAGCUGCUGUAUCACGUGCAGAUAAUUUCCUGUUAAAAACAGCUGGAAAUUUUCUACAACAUUCUUAUCUAGAGAAAGAUGGAAGUCAGCCGACACCAAAGUAUUCAACAUUACUAGAAGCUGUACAACGUCGAUUAGCUAAACGUCAACUGCCACAGUUAGAUAGUCAUUCACGUGUAAUACGAACCAGUAACAACAGUGUACCUGGUGCAUCAAUAUUAGCCAAUACUCUGGGAUUAAGUCCUAAUCAAGGCAUAGAUUACACACAAUUGAAGUUGUGUAUUCCAACCUCGGGAAGUGUCACACCUGCAACGCCAGGUACUGUUACAUCAGAAUUCAAAAGUUCACGUCUGUCAGCGUCAGCAAAUCAAUUGGAUAUACUAUCGAAUUUCUCAACUGUUCAGAAGGUGAAAUAUAAUUAUCGUCGUCGACCUAGUGCUGGUUUAACACGCAGACAAAAUCAACUCCCUUGGGAUCCACGUAUUAGUAUUGAUUUGUCUAGUUCAUAUCCUGGUAAAAUAUCAUCACGUUUAAUUCGUCGUAAUUCUAAUUGUAAUUUAUUCAAUACUACUGAUACUCAUACUACUUCUAGUACUACUUCUACUACUACUACUACAACAAUAACUGCUACUACCUCUUCAACUGAAGUCAAUCAUAAUUCUAAUCAUCUUCGUAAAACUACUGAAAAUAAUGAUGUUCUACUUACCAGUAACAAUUCGGUAGUCUUCGAUUCUACAACUAAUAAACAUUAUAAUCAUGAUAAAUACACUGACAAUCAUAUUGCUGAUGACAGCAGUGAUAAUAAUGAUGACGAUUAUCAUAUGGAUACCAAGUCAAGUACAACUCAUCGUAAUACUACUAUUAAUGGAAAGCAUGCUAAUCCUCAACAAACGACAAAUCACUCACAACAACAAGAACAACAGCAACAACAACAAGAGAAUUCUAAUCGAACUGUUAAUCCCACUUCUAAUUCACAAUUCAAUAAUCAUAUAAAAUCUGACUUUAUGAAUUUAUCAUCAACAAAACGUUAUUCAUCGAAAACACAAUUUUCAGAAUUUGGUUCACAAAGUCUACCAGCCUCAGGUCGUUUAUCGCCUACUCUAAAAAGUAUAUCAGACCAGUCGACAUUUGAACAAAGCAGACUAUUUCCUCUACGGUCUUCCCUUAUUAUGGCUAAAUCUACUUCAAAUAGUGAUGAACCAAGUUCAUUUACUACACCACGUCGAAGACCACGUUUAGCACCAAUUCGUCAUCCAUCUAGUGGAAAUCAAUCAGAUCAUUCUACACCUUGGACAGCACAGGAUCAAUCCGUUCAAAAUUCCAAUUUAAUUUCUACAUAUCCUUCAUCACUUCUACCGACUAGAGCUACAUUGGGUCGUCAAAGUGGUCGGUCACGUCCAACACUUAGUCAGGUCUUUAAUACUACUGCUACCACAGAGGAUUAUUCAGAACGGAAUCGUUUCGUCCAUAAUACUAUUACUCCAAACAGUGUAUUGACUACUGAUUUCAACUGUCAUUCAUCUUCACGUAUCUCGCCUAAUAGAAAUGUAACUACGCACAAUCGAAAUAUCAAGUCAGAUAGAACUGCUUCAUAUAAUAAAUUGGAUUAUUGUACUACAACUCGAACACAUACUGACUCUGAUUCUUUUCAUUAUUAUUAUAAUAAUGAUGGUGAUGAUGACUUUGAUGAUAAUGAUGUUGAAGAAGAGAUUUACGAUGAAGAUUAUGAAUCUGAUGAAGAGUAUACAGAUACUGGUGGUGCUGAUGAUGGUGGUGGUGGUGAUGAGACUACUAGAACAAUAGACAACGGAAAGUUUUCACAGAGAAAUCGAUCAACUAAGCCUAGUUCAUUGCCUGCUAGUGCAUUACCAUUAAAACUGGAUAAUAAUGAUACAGUUUUAUCUAAUACAACAUCAAGUUGUGAAAUGCCUGAGGUAUCAAGUAUCCGCAGUGCUGCAUCACAUCGACGUGCAAUGCGAUUAUUUGAAGAAGCUGAAAAACGUAGACAAAGUGAAAUUUCUAACAAUGCACAGCCUAUUACUAAUUCUACAACACCUAUAUCAUCCUUAAAGGUGACAAAGGUAUCUCCUACAAGUUUGUCGAAUACUUGUAUACAUACGUCUAGUACAGAUAUAAAUCAUGCGAAUUCAAAUCUAUCUGGUCCUGUACUAACACCAGCUGUUGUUCCUGCUAUGCCAUUACAACGUUUAAUUCCUGGAAAAGCUUCAGCUAAAAGACGUGGAAAUAUAUCUAUAAAUGAAUCAGUGGAUAAUGUAUAUAAAUCAGGCGGUGGUGGUGUUGGUGGUGAUAUUAGUACUAUUGGCGGUGAGAAUAUUUCACCUAAAACGCCUACAAAUUAUAAUAAGUCAGAGAUAGACAGAAAACAAUCUCAGUUAUUACAAGAACAACAAUUGACAAAGUAUUCAUCAUCUAAUACUACUACUGCUACUACUGUAUCGAGUAAAUAUAAUCCGUAUGUUGGUGCAUCAUUCCGUGAAAAUCGUGAUUAUGCAGGAUUAGUGAUUGGACGAGCUACUGGAAGUCCUUUACCGACAACGACGACAACUACCUCAGGUGAUAUGCAUCAACAAUAUCAAAGUAUUGAAAGGAGACCGUUGAAAGGUCAACAUAAUAUUCAAUCCACUAUUACUAACCCAAGCGGAUCAUUGAACCAUUUACCCUCAACAGAUACCACAUCUCAAGCACCGGCAGGGAAUACCAAUAGUACAGGUACACCGUCCUCCUCCACUACUACUACUACUUCUUUCAAUGUUGUUGGUCGAAGUCUGUUUGAUCAACCAUUAGUGACAAGUGGGAAAUCACAUAUUCCACAAUCAUCAUCAUCUCCGUCAAUAAAUAAAGUGGUCUCUGGGAAUAAUAUUAACUCGAGUGGAAGGCAAACACCUGGUAAUUACAAACAUACUGAACAUAAUCAGAUAGACCACAAUGUUUAUCAUGCAUCGAAAGAUAGCGAACUAGAAGGUUCUAAUGUCUUACUCGGUAUUGGUAUAAACGAAGCAACAUACGUUGCAUCUGCGCCUAAUGUUAGUGAUGGAGAUUCUAAAGGAACUCAAGAAACAUGUGUAUCGCUUAGUUUUCGACAAAGAAUAUUGCAAAAGAAAUCUAAAAAACUUCAAAAUUUACGUGAUAAUUCAACACUUCCUAAACAACAGACGCCAAAUACUUCCCCUCUUACACUUCAUCAGUUAGAAAUUAAUCAGAAUAAAGCCAAUCCUGAAACAACAACAGAAUGUACUUUCAAUGUCGACAAUGAAAAAUCUUUCUCCCGAUUAGAUUCAAGUGAACAUCCUCCUAGCCAUUCAACAUGGCCACCACCAUCGUCGAACAGUUCUUCCCGUUUAAAUUUAUCCUCAAAACCAGAAGAAAAUUCUCCGAAUUUAAAGGCAAAUAUUACGACUGGUGGCAGUGGUGUAUCUACAGCGUCUUCAACAAGGCGUCGUCUACCCGCUGAAAACUCUUUAUCAAGAGGUUCUGUGAAUAAUACUGUUAUCAAUAAUUCAGGAAAUUCGAAUGAUCCAAUGCACCCUAUGUCCCAUUGUACAGAUACUUCAGUCAAUAGUGGAGAUACAUCUAUGAAAUUAAGUGAUUAUGAUAAAAAUCCAUUACCAGAUAAACCAUUACUUAAAGGUGGUAAAUCAGUUGCAAGUCUUUCUGGAACUCCACCAACAUUACCAAGUGCUCUUAAUCUAGUCAAUUCAGAUGAUUGGGAGGAUAAAGUCAGUGGACUUGAAUUAUUAACACAGAUAUUCAGUGAACAGUCAAUACACUUAGUACAAACUACACAAACUGGUUCAGCGUCUGCAGGUUCUUCAAGACAACCUGCAACCAAUAUAUCUACAUCUGCUCCAACAUUGGUUAUUACUUCAGAGACACUUAGUCAAACUGUACAGGCAGUAAUUACAGAAUGUAGAAAUUUACGCUCUCAGGUUUCACGUCAAGCUGUACAAACUAUGGGUAGUUUAUUUCAGGGAUUGAAUAGAGCAAUGGAUCCACACGUGGAUGUAUGCAUACGUGUAUUAUUGAGUAAAUGUGGAGAAGCUGCUGCAGCCUUCCUACGUGAUGAAGUCACUGUGAUAAUGGAUGAAGUAGUUCAAUAUGCCAGUCCAUCACGUACACUACAAGCAUUAAUACAACAUGGAUUAGGAAUAGUUAUCAUCACUAGCAUAGGUGUUGGUGAUCUACCACCGUCUGCAUCAUCUUCAGCUGGUGUUCGUCGUAGAGGUUUUUCACCAGCGACUAGAUCACGUGGACCUAGUGCUGGAGGGAAUAUUUCCAAAGUAUGAGAUAUGCAUGUAACUGUGUUUGUUUAUACACAGUUCGCUUCGGAAGGGAAGAGGCUAUUGGCUAUUGGCAGAAAUAUAAGUGAAUAUUUUUUUCCACUAAAUCUUUAUCACUGUGUUACUACUUCUUUAUAAAACAGACAUGUAUUUCGUUUUUGCUUUUGUUUCUUUUUCAAAGGAGAUAUCUUUUACAUCCAUUUGUCUACUGUGUACCUCUGAAUAUAUAGAUGUCUCUCUCUAUCUCUAUUCAAUUCUUCUAUGGCGCUGUUUUAUAGUUGUAUAUUUCGAUAUCUUUCAAAGAUGAACGGUUGCUUGUUCAAUUAAACUAGUAUUGUUUGUCUCUGUAGCAGUGAAUAACAAAAAAAAUAACUAAGACAAAUGGAGAAUAGUUAUAACCAGAGAAGAAAAAAAGUAAAAAUGAGAAAAGGGUGAUGCGCUUGUUUCUGUGAUUUUUUUUGCGUAGUGUGAAAUCUGUAUUUUUAUAAUACUAUUAUAUAUGGUGUAUACCUGUACCGUAUACAUAUCUUCAAAGAUUACUCUUAUUAUUAUUAUUAUUAUUAUUAUCACUAUGACUCUUGUUGUGACUGACUGAUAACUGAUACUUGAUUGUACUCAUUAGAAAGUAGGAGAAGGUAAUGGUUUUCCUUAGUGCGCACAAUAAUGAUGAUGAUAAUAGUAAUAAUAAUAAUACAUUGAUAAAACUUAUUAUUAUUACUCUAAAUUAAUUUUUUUUCUUAUUUUAAUAUUUAAUCGAAGAAUUUCAAUAUUUUAAUUACUUGUAUGUACUACUAUUAAUAUUAUUAUUAUUAAUUAAUAACCAGUAGAGAAUAGAAGUUGACUAAUAAUGAUGAUAAUAAUAAUAUUUUACUAGUGAUAUGUAUUUUGCGAUCAGUUGCUCAUAGUGUAUUUUACGUAGAUCUGUAUGGUUUUUGUAAGUUAUUUAAUUAGUUAGAAUCACGCACAAAAUAGAUACAUAUAUAUUUCUCUACGCUUUGCUUCCCUUCUUCGCCUCUUCUUUGUCAUACUUUCAGAUUAAGCGUAGUUUUCUGUGUGUGUAUGUGUGGGUGUGGUAUGGUUAAGGUAACGGCGCCGAUUCCUUCCAUCGUUCACCUGAUUCUCUUUCUUCUCCUUCGCCUAACCUCAUUUCUCUGUCUCCUUCUACAACUUCUUCAUAUCUGUUACGUAACCAAACCACCAACUGUGUUAUCCAUCCAUGCAUAUGGGGAAUAUUGAAUAUAUAUAUAUAUUGAACAGCCUUCUUCUUUCUUACUCUUGUUCUCCUUGAUUGAUUUUUGAUGAGAUGAGAUGAGAUGAGAUCAGAGGAAAUGCCUUUGUUGAGAAUAAAAGACAUAAAAUCCUGUUCAUUAUUCUAACUAGCUAUUUUUUUUUGAUAUCUUUGUGUACUUUAUGCAGGCGGGGAGGGGGUUUCUUUUUUGCUCACCUUGUCAUUUCAUUAACUCGCCUACUCUCUCACUUAUCGUUAUCACCUGCCUACUGUAAUAUUUUAUUUUGGUUUUGAGUGUGAAUAUUAAAAAGAGAAAACGCUUACUUAUUUUUCUUUUCUUUUGUUUUACUUAGCAUGUUUGAUAUGAUGCCUAUAAAGAGACUCCAUAUGUGCCUCCUUCGUCUAUAUAUAUAUAUAUAUAUAUAUGCAUAAAUAAUCAAAUCAGAGAAACAAGAUUACAUAUCUAAACAUCAGUAUACAACAUAUCAACAGUGAUAAUAAUGCUAAUGUGUAGUGAAGGGAACAGAUGAUAUCACAAACACUUUUCUAAAGAAAAAUCCAAUUCUCCCUCCCUACUUCCAUCCACCCACGCACCCCGCACUACCCCACCUCUUGUUCUUUUGCUUUUACUUACUCCUACUGUUUGUUCCCUACCAAUUGUAUGAUGCCUCACAAAAAAUUCAACACUUUGCACAUACAACUGAUAUAUAUAUAUAUAUAUAUAUAU